UGGUGACUCAGUUUUAAAAUACUGGUAUCAUUCCAACCUCGAUUGUUAUAAAACAAUCGGUCCAUUGGAAGUAUGGAUGGUUUAUUCACAUAAUCAGGUCUAUAUGAAGCAGUUCAAGCGGGUCAGCUUCAUCUCACGUCACUGCGGUGUGGAUAGUACAUAGCUGAUCGGAUGGUUAAACUAAGGUAACAGGCACUGUGAAGGUCUAGACGUACACAAAGGACGAUAGAACGGCUGAGAGUGGACACGACAGAGUCAUCAGGGCAAGGCUAAGAUACGUGCAGAUACUAUGUUGCAACCAUCAAAGUAGGACAGCCGAGGUUGCAGUCUGUCAUUCAGAGGAAAGUGGAAAUUUUUUCAUUUAUAUCUAGAUGCCGUGACGAUUUUACCGAUUUAAAUCUGAAGGAGAGACAGGAACUAUGUUCACAUGCAAACGUUUACUGCGAUGGAUUUAUCACCGCAAGAGAAUAGUUAAACUGAUAUCAACCCCGGGUAUACUGUUUGUGACAUUAUUUAUCAUACAUGCAUGGAUUGAACCAGAAAACCACGAAUUAAGGAACGCAAAAGUACUUGAACAAAAAGUGGAUAGAUUUGCCGCGGAAUCUCAAAACGCAGAUGGUCAAAUCUCUUCUCUAAGAGCAAGUAAAUUUAUUAUUGAUAAUGAUAAGCGUUUAAAUGAAGAUCAAUUGAUAAAAGCAACCGAAAAAGGUGAACCGACCCUUAUACAAAAACACACGAGUAAAAAGUUAACAACAAGUGCUUCGAAAGCAGAUAUUGGCUCCAACGUUCUUGCUGUAGGGACAAAGACGGCUGCUUUCUCAGGUAAUCAAAAAGAAAUUGAAUUUCCUGUAUUCUAUGGGACGCAUUCCGUCAAGAAGUUAUUGAAAGAGGACAAAUUACACGUGGAGAACGCUAACAAUUAUGCAGAUACUUUUACGUACGAUUUACAACCCAGGGAAAUGUGUGCUCAGAAUAAACCGUUCAUGGUAAUAAUCGUCCAUUCAGCACACUCAAAUUUUCACCGGAGGAAUAUUAUACGUCGUUCAUGGGGACGCAAGGAUUAUCUCCCUGCAAUGAACUUAGAUUUUAGGGUUAUCUUCGUACUUGGACAGUCUUCAUCGCGCAGUGACGAUUUACAGGUGACACACGAAGCGGGAGUAUACGGGGACAUCCUGACUGCGAAUUUUACCGACUCGUAUUUCAACAACACUUUCAAGCAUGUGGCAUGGUUUCAGUGGGUGUGCGCAAAUUGUGAUAAGGCUGCUCACAUUCUUAAAGUCGAUGAUGAUGUCAUGGUUGACAUAUUUGAAGUUAUUCGAUAUAUCCAGUCUUCAGUAGAAGCUGUAGUUGCUAAUUCCAAACCAAAUUACAUUCACGGAUUUUUACACAAGAACCCGCGUGUGUUACGAGACCAAAAGAAGAAAUGGCAUGUGGAUAGAACUCACUACUUAGAUGAUCGCUAUCCCACGUUUCCCGGUGGUUUAGCUUAUAUUACUAAUGUGGAUACUGUUUGUAAGCUAUAUCAAAGUUCAAAAGUCGUGCCUUUCUGGCCAUUCGACGACGUAUACGUCGGAAUCGUCAUCGCAGUUGCAAAAAGAAUUUAUCUCAAGGAUAUAUCAAAGAAAUACAGCGUGUUUCACUGCUGUGCAAAUAUCGAAAGAGAUUUUUUCUUAAAGCAGUUGUUUUUUGCUCAUUUAAAGAGAGGAGAAAAUGAAGCGAUUGACUCAAUGGUCAGUAUGUACGACAGGCUUAUUCAACGUGAAAAAGACUACAGUGGAUUUCAAAAAUGGGUUUAUAGUGAAAAUACACGAUAUCUAAGACAUCAGAUCUAAGUUAAAUAGGUGCAUAAUACGCAGCAUUAUGAUGAUGAUGACGAUAGACAUACAGAGUAAUAUAUGGAAUAGUUAAUAUAUUUAUAUUUAUUAAUCACCAAGAAUUAACCUCACAUAUAGCUGGUGAGGUAUUUUUAACAGUUCUAACGAUUUUUAAAAGGCUGUUGGGCAUUGUAGUUUAAUUUUUGAUAUUAUAUAACUUUUCUGUGUCAGAUGUUGAUAUUUUAAAUUUCACUUCCCGUGUUUGUUUAAAAGACUAAAUGAACAAGUCGCACAUUUCAACUACGCAUAAUAACCAAUCUAGUCGUACUAUAGUCGUAUAUGUAGGUAUAUGUAAGACAGGGAACAAAUUAAAGGUAACACUAUGUAAUAUGCUCAUAUUACUGCAUUUAUUAUUCCAGUUGAACGAGCAAUUGGAAAACAUAUUUUAAGUAUAUUGUAGAUUAUCCGUAGUUAGGCGAGUCAUAAUAACUUGCAGUUCGUAAUUUAUCAGAAAAUCAAAUACAAUGGCGAAAACAUCCAUGUUUAAAAUUAUCCGUUGAAUCUUGUCUAUGGUGCUGGAUCCAGCUGUAAUACAUAGGGACGCCAAUAAGUAGUCCUCUAGUAACAGUAUUGUCUAUAUAUAUGCAUAGAAAACAUCGUUGGUGCCCCAUCAACUAGUUAACCAGAUAACAUUUCUAGUCAAUUGUAUCAUAAAGCAAUUUCAUGUUAAGUGAUCGAUAAACACGCGAUCAAUUAUUUUUUAUUGAUUUGAAAAGAAGUUUUCUGACAAAUGUUUAUUUAUUAGGG